ACUAACCUUAAAAUAAACAGCUGCAACGUCAAUGCACUUAUUUCCAAUUUUGUUUGUAAAAUAACUUGUCCGCUUCAUUCAGUAGAGUACUCCUUAAAAUUAGCAAAAAUGAGCAGAAAUCAUAAGGAAGAUCAAUCAAAUGAAAUUGAAGCGCUGGAGUCUAUAUAUUACAGUGAAAUGGAAGUGCUAGAGACGGAUCCUUUUCACAAAUUCAGCAUCACCAUUGGCACAGAGCAGUAUAACGCUGAAGAAGAAUCGAGUGGAAUGGCUUGCAAAUUGGUAUUUACAUAUACGCCCUCUUACCCGGAUCAGGCGCCCGAUGUGUCUAUAGAAGACCCAGUAAAUAUGGAAGAACUUUACGAAACGAAAUUAUUGGAGCACCUAAAAAAUAUUAUUGAUGAAAAUAUUGGAAUGGAAAUGAUAUUUUCACUAGUGAGUAGCGCGCAAGAGUGGUUGAAUGAACGUUGGGACGAUUACAAAUUGCAUGAGGAAGAGGAACGCGCUCGCAAACUUUAUGAAUCGGAAGAGGCUGAGCGAAAGAAAUUCGAAGGUACACGCGUUACUGUCGAGUCAUUCCUCAAAUGGAGGACAGAGUUUGAGGAAAGCACAGGUAUAGCAGCGAAACGGGAAAAGAACAGUGACAGCAAAAAAUUGACCGGCAGGGAAUUGUUCAUGCGUGACACUACACUCAACGAGUCCGAUAUUAAAUUCUUGCUUGAAGCUGGCGAAUCAAUUGAAAAUGUCAAAAUCGACGAAACCCUGUUUCAGGAUAUCGGCGAUUUGGAGUUGGGUGACGAUGACGAUGACGACUCAGAUGAUGAAGACUGGGUGCCCGGCGCCGAUGAUGAUUAAAUAUAAUUGUUAAAGGUACCUUAUGGUCAUAUUCCGAAGGAAAUAAAAUAAAAUUUAAUACAUUGGCUUACUCAUCUA